UGGAGCGUCAGUAGUCGGCACACAGUGACCCAGGAUACACCCGGUCCCAUUGAACGGGUCAUUUCGACCUGUCACCGUGAUCAGGUUUGACUUUGCUACAGUGUUAAUGCACCCUGUACACCAAACAGCAACCCAAACCCGAGGUUGACAGAGAGAAGAUCCAACAGUUCAAGACAGAGGAAAGUCUUCUUUGACAUCUGAAGAGCCACAUAAUGGAAGUGAAAUAGCUAGCCCACACAGGCCUCUGGAUACCAGUCAGCCACACUUGAGGGGGCUCCACUGUUUGUCUUAUUGAGGCAACCUGUUACUCGAGGAAAAGCAGGCUGCACCGCGUCUGUAGAGAAGGCGAAAUAUUACAACAAACUAAAGGGUGUUUUGUGGAACUAAGAGCGACACACAAAGGCAGCUUCGUGUUACCUGACAGAAAGUCAGGAAUCAUGACAGCGCUUGCAGGAGGUUUACCGAGAAUGAUGAGACCGACUCCUCACCAGAACUUCCCGCGGGGAGGAUACUCUCUGGAAGUGUCCACUCCGUUAGGCCAGGGUCGGGUAAACCAGCUCGGUGGUGUCUUCAUAAACGGCAGACCUCUCCCCAACCACAUCCGCCAUAAAAUCGUGGAGAUGGCCCACCACGGCGUCCGGCCGUGUGUCAUCUCCCGUCAGCUGCGCGUGUCCCACGGCUGCGUCUCCAAAAUCCUGUGCCGGUACCAGGAGACAGGCUCCAUCAGGCCGGGAGCUAUCGGAGGCAGCAAGCCAAAGCAAAUCGCUUCUCCAGAGGUGGACAAGAAAAUUGAAGAGUACAAGAGAGAAAACCCAGGCAUGUUCAGCUGGGAAAUUAGAGACAAACUUCUGAAGGAUGGGGUCUGCGACAGAAACAACGUUCCAUCAGUGAGCGCCAUCAGUCGCAUCAUGCGGUCUAAAUUCGGUGGAGGCGGUGAUGAUGAUGAGGAGGAUGAUGAAGUAGUGAAGAGAGAGAUGGAGGAAAGCGAACCACGGACAAAACACAGCAUCGAUGGCAUUCUGGGAGACAGAUCCAGUCACUCGGACGAGGGUUCGGACGUGGACUCUGAGCCAGGCCUGCCUCUGAAGAGGAAGCAGCGUCGCAGCCGCACCACCUUCACAGCUGAGCAGCUGGAGGAGCUGGAGAGGGCUUUCGAACGCACCCACUACCCCGACAUAUACACACGAGAGGAGCUGGCUCAGCGGGCCAAACUGACAGAAGCUCGAGUUCAGGUGUGGUUCAGCAACAGAAGAGCUCGGUGGAGGAAGCAAGCAGGAGCCAAUCAACUCAUGGCCUUUAACCACCUUAUCCCCGGUGGUUUCCCUCCGUCAGCUAUGUCGGGUCUGCAGCACUAUCAGCUUUCCGACAGCCCCUACACUCCCACUUCUAUAUCUCAAGCGUCCGAGCAGCCCAGUACAGUCCACAGACCGCAGCCUCUGCCCCCCACCUCCGUGCAUCAGAAUGGGCUUGGUUCCUCGGCCGGCACCCAGGAUGGAAGCUCUGCUUACUGCCUGUCCUCUGGACGUCACGGCUUCUCAGGAUACUCAGACAGCUUUGUGAGCCCAUCAGGACACACCAACACUGUCAACACCGCCAUCGGAAACAGCCUAUCACCACAGGUGAUGGGGCUAUUGAACCCAGGUGGAGUGCCACAUCAGUCCCAGAGUGACUUUGCACUCUCCCCGCUGACCGGAGGCCUUGAGCCUAACGGUGGCAUGGCUGCCAGCUGUCAUGGCUCCCAACGCUUGGAAGCUCUACCAGGCCUGACCAGUAUGCCCACCCUGCCCAGCACCCAGUCUUACUGCCCACCUUCCUACACCACCCAAGCCUACGCCAUGGACCACCACCCAUCCUACCAGUACGGACAGUACAGCCAGAGCAAGGUGCCUUUCAUUAUAUGAAGCCCCAAUCAUGGCCUGAACAGGAGGCUUCCCUGACAUUCAUCGCCAGAGAAUACCCCCACCCGCUGCCUUUUGCCAAACAGCCCCAGCCCCGAGGAUAGCGAGAAAGCAGUCGGGUGGGUAAAGGGAUUGAGAUGUUCUCGUCCAGCAAGGGAAGCAGAGAUGAAGGUGGUGGCGAUGGAGGGGGUUGACUGGAAUAAUUAGGACCAAAGGCGCAGCCUCUCCUGUUACCUGGCAAUCGCUUUACUUGUGUGUCACGCUCCAAGGACCAAGCACGGCUCGUUGUCCAUGCCUAAAUAAGAAGAGAAGGGGGGGGGGGGGGGAGGAAGGAAAGUAAAUACAUUCAAGAUUCUGUAUUUGAUUUUUGUAAUAAGUGCCAGAGAGGUGGACUUGGGAAGCCCCCUGUGCUCCUGGGGUCCAACUUGAUAGGUGGAGGGGCAUAUUCUUAUGGUUGUCAAAAGGCUGUUUGGUGAUAACAUGUUGUGCUCAGCCACAAUGUUCUUCUAAGGGUCUCUUCAUCACAGUGUCUUAGAAAAAAAUAUUUCCUGUACAUUGAGACAAUUCUUGUUUAAGACUUUUUUUAAACGACUACACUGGGGGAAAAAACAGCUGAAAGGCAUAAAUGGAGGCCCAAUGGAGUCAUAGUGAAACCACUGCAACCCAAAGAAAGUGCAAUACAUUCAUACCUCAUGUGAUGUAAAUUAACACGGAUCAAAUGUCCCUGAUAAUACCCUCAGAAAAUAUGCUCUCUUUUAAUGUCAUUCAUUUUGGGUUGUGUGCAUUGAUCAAUCAGGGGAAAUCAUCAAGUGAUGAAAAAUAGCAAACGUAGUCGUGAUGUCGUUAAGCCAAAAAAUUCUCUGCCAGUGAAUACAUUAUUCAGUUUGACAGUUAAUUUUUAAUUUUUAAUUUUGCAUGUUAAGUUAGUUUUCACCAGGAACUUGCAAACAUUAGUUCCAUUUCUUAUUUAUUUAGCUUUGUUCA